AUGGACAUGGAAGCCCUCAUAGAGAGCGGCCGCGGCUGCUACGCCCGCCGCAAGUACGAACGUGCACUUAAGCAGUUCACGCGUGCCAUGAACCGCUGUCCGUGCAACCGGGGGACGAAGCGCAAGCGGUGCACCUGCAAGAACUACGAGGCCGUCGCUGACAGAGACGGCUCCAUGUUCGAGGAGGCCAUGUUUACCUGCCAUUGCGAUGUGGGCAAGGCCUUCGACAAGUGUGAUGAUGCCUUGCACAUUAUGGCGCUCGAUUACCGCGCCGCCACCUUCGAGGCCAUGGAUGAGCUUGAACGCGCCGAAAAGGACGCCAAGUGGAUGUUGGAGCUCGCGCCUCGCCUGCCAGACGGAUACCUCCGACUCGGCAAGAAUGCUCGCCUUCGCAGGGAUGCCUGGUUUGCCUGGAAGAUCUACAGCGCCGGUGUUGAUGCCAACAAGCACACUCCCCUGUCCUCAUCGCGGAAGCUGCAGCAAUUGCACCAGGCGUUGCAGCCACUGCAGGUUCGCUUCAGACGCAAGGACCCCAUGUGCCUCCUCCCCCUCGAAAUCGUCCAUAACAUAGUUGAAGACUUUGACGUGGUCGAGUUGACAAAAUGCCUUCGCGUGUGCAAAGUCUGGAAACAGACCCUGGAGAGCAGCCACAGCCAGAGACUGUGGAGGUUCCUCGUCUUCCCAAAGCCCCCUCCUCAGCCGCCCUCCAAAUCCGCCCUCCAGGCCCUCGUCAGACGGUCCGGUGGAAGCAUGCGCAGGAUUGUCAUCCGAGACCCCGGCAAGUUCCAGCUGUCCCAGGCUAAACUGUCAACCCUACUGCGACACUCGCAAAGCCUCGAGCAUCUUGAGCUGGGGCCCGCGCACGAGCACUACUACCGUUUCCCCGAGGGACCUGGGCUCUACCAGAACCUCUGCCAUCUGACCAUGGAUACAUACAACUGCUGGGAGCGCAACAUGUGGCAAUCGCAAGGUCCCUACCCCCUUGGUCCGGGCUUCCUUCCUGACGCCUUUCUCAAAUGCGUCGCGGGCACCCUGGAGUACCUCAACUUGUUCGGCAUUCCCCCAAGCUGGUGUGGACGCCGGAACCUACCAGAAUUUCCCAGAUUAAAGAUAUUGCGCCUGGAGCACAAGGAAGGACUGGAGCCGCAGGUGUCGUUCCCCAUCUUUUCCUUGGCUUGUAAAACGCCACAGCUCGAGCAGCUCAGGUUGGAGAACCUUCACCUCGCGGGCCACACAUCGCAGGAAUGCAGGGAUUCGUGGCACACGCUAUGGACGGGCCUCAAGGUCCUUGUCUUCCUCAUGCCCAGGUCUAGCAUCUCACCUCUACAGCUGGUCGACACAUUCUUCAAUGUCACUCUGCUCAACUCGGUCCAAGCCGGUAAGAACUUCGAGCAUCUGGACCUGGAAGUUCCGGUGGACAACGUAGACGCGGUGCUGCCCCAACAGGUCUUUUCAGAUGCAGACGACCUGGACCUAUACGGCCUAACCAAGCCAGACGGCAGCCCGAUACGGCGUCGCAACCAGUUCCAGAAUCUACGAUCGCUACGCCUCAAGCACUUUGUGCACCGCCCGAAGAAAAUGGGGAAAAUCUUUGCAGCCGCAGUGGCCAGCGGCAAGCUGCACACGUUUGACAUUGUGUUCCCCGUCGAAAGCCUCGACCUCCCGUUGGGCGAGGAGAGCGCAAACUUCCUCAAGGGCUACGACUGGCUGCGUGGCCUCGACAGCAUCCGUAGCCUGGGCGUCUCCGACUUCGCCUUCCCCGAGGUUCCGCACCGCGACUCCGAGCCACCCCUGCCCUCCUUCUUGGCCAGCUUCCCCAACCUCAAGACGCUUAGCCUCAGCACAAACUCCUGCAACCAGGAGGCCUUUUGCCUCAUUGUGGAGGAGACCAUGAAGAGGACGCGCCUCAGCACCAUGUACCAGAAUUGUGUCAAGGGGACACUGAUGGAUCGGCUCAAGAGGCUGGGUGAUCGACACGGAGUGGUCGUUAUAUUCGGCACGCGGCCGCGAGACUGGCCGGUACAGCUGGAUGGAGAGGAGCUUUCCUCGACAUGA